GGAAUGUCAGUAGUUCCAUUUAUAAUCUUGUGUGAUGACGAGUCAGGAAUUGAACGUUAUACGUUCGAACAGCAACACCUUCUCCGACAAAAGGAUCAGUUUCGCCGUGAAGUUUCGAAAGGCCUACAAGAGUUACGUAACCAAGAGCGAUGCCAACAUCGUGCUUCGGAACCUCAACAUGACCGUUCCGAGAGGGACAAUAUAUGGACUGGUCGGCGCCCAAGGUUGCGGAAAGACCACGGUCCUCUACCUGAUUAUCGGGCGGAAGAGUCUCGACUCGGGCGAACUGUGGGUGCUGAACGACACCGGCCGAAAUGUCACGCACGUUACCAAAACCAAGCCCAGAAUCGGAUUCAUGCCCCAAGAAACGGCGCUGUACUGCGAGUUUACCAUAAUGGAGUUCAUGCGCUAUUUUGGCACGCUUACCGGAUUACCUUCCGAACAGAUUCGCUCGCAGAUCAACUUCCUGGCCGACCUGCUUAUCUUGCCAAGCGUCAAUUCCAAAAUUAAGCACUUGGAUUAUAGCGAAAAGAAGCGAGUCUCGUUUGGGUUGGCGCUGCUUCGCGAGCCCGAGCUACUGGUACUGGAUGAGGCGACCUUUGGGUUGGACACCCUGUAUAAGGAAAUCAUUUGGAAGCACCUUGUGUACCUUACGAGAAAGUUUAAUGCGACCGUUAUCAUAACCAGUAGCGGUAUCGAUGAACUCCACAAUGCGGAUAUCAUCGGCAUCAUGCGGAAAGGUCUGUUGGUAGCGGAAGGCUCACCGGAAACACUUCUGUCGCGAUUCGAAGUGGAGACUCUGGAAUGUACAUUCGCAAAGCUGAGCACCCAGCAGGAUAAUCGCGGUGUCUCAAAUACGAGGGCCCACUUCAACAACUUCGGACUCGAGACGGACUACGUCGCCAGAUACAUUGUCGGCGAUUAUUUGACUGAUAAGAACAGGGGGCACAUCAAAGUGCUCGUAUGGAAGAACUUCCUGUGGUUCAUACGCUACUGGCUAACGAACCUCUCCCUGAUCGCGAUCCCCCUCAUCCAGUGCGCCAUACUCUUCAUCUGUUACGGCCGGCCGCCGACUGACCUGGACGUUGCCGUCGUUAACUACGAAUCGAGUCAGCGAGACUGCAAGCCCAUCUCGUGCGAAAACCCCCACGUGGCUUGCAAUUACGUGAGCUACGUCGCGGAUCACUUCAUCAAUCUGGUCGACUACCAAUCGGAAACCGAGGCGUUAGCGUCGGUAAUAUCGGGACGCCACUACGCCUCGGUUGUCCUCCGCGAGAACUACACCGCAGCUCUAAAAUCGCGGAUGAACUCCUGGCAGGACGCCGACAACUGGGACAUCUUCCAUUCGAUAAUCGACGUCACGUGCGACUUUAGCAAGGCCAACAUUGGAACGUUCCUAAAGUUGCACUUUCACAAGGGCUUCCGCCAAUUCAUGAAGGAGUACAUGGCCGCGUGCCAACGCAACAGGAACGAUGUCUCGCUACCCUUUCAGUGGAAAAAUGACGUCUACGAUAUCAUGAAUCUUGGCAUGACUCAGUAUUCCUCACCAGGGAUUCUGCUAACGACAAUAUUCCUGCUUCCGGUCGGGCUGACCGCGUUCUCGCUCAUGUCGGAGAAGAGGGAGGGUGUUCUAGAUCGCACUUUGAACGCCGGCGUUCGCCUGAAGGAGAUACUCAUCUCUCACCUUAUUUCAAAUGUGGUCAUCAUGGUUUUGCUCUCCUUGACCAUUACGGGCACCACGAUCUAUCUCCUGAACUUGACGGUAAACGGACCGAUCGUUCUUGUCGGUGCCCUGGUACUACUGACGGGAUUUUGCGGAAUAUGCGCCGGUUACCUCCUGUCACUGACGUGCAAGUCGGAAUCGUCCGCGAUUUUGAUUCCGCUCGCGUCUUACGUACCGUGCGUUUGCAUGAGUGCCAUACUGUGGCCGAUCCAGGGAAUGGUCUCGGCGUUACGUCCGCUUGCGUACGCACUUCCACUCACGGUGCCAGUUGAAGCCUUGAGAAGUAUUAUGGAGGGAGGCUGGGGGUUGACGAACACGAUGGUGUGUUUGGGAUUCGUUACAAUAAUCUUGUGGAUUAUAGUUUUUGUUGCUAUUUGUUAUUUCUUAGUUAGGCAAAAAGAUUAAACUAUUAUAUUG